GAGCUAAAAACUAGACUAGAAACUCCAUCACUGCCCACCAAACCAUCGAGUCCUACUCCGCCCUCGAUCCCGUCCCCCUCUCGGGAGCGGAGCCGCCGUUGCGUGGCGGCGCGGCAUCUCCGGCGACCUCCGAGGAACGAAGUAACACUUCUCCAAAUGCUUCUUCUCUGACAUCGGAUUUAGCUACAGAGAGAUCUAGAGAGGGAAAUGGCGCGACCGAGGUAUCUCACGCUUCCCAUCAUCAUCGUUUUGUUCGUGAUUGGCUACCUCUACUAUGCCACCGUUUUCGUCGUCAUUGAUGAAUGGCUUGGGCUCACGACGGCGGCGGGGCUCACCAACGCCAUUCUGUUCUCCAUCGUGGCAGUUAUGGCUGUUGCUACCUACGGGAUCGCUAUCUUUCGUGACCCUGGCCGCGUCCCCUUCUCCUACAUGCCUGACAUCGAGGAUUCUGAGUCUCCAAUACAUGAGAUCAAGAGGAAGGGUGGAGAUUUGAGAUACUGCCAAAAGUGUUCCACCUAUAAACCUCCCCGUGCACAUCAUUGUCGUGUCUGCAAAAGGUGUGUUCUCAGAAUGGAUCAUCACUGUGUUUGGAUAAACAAUUGUGUGGGGCAUGCUAAUUACAAGAUUUUCUUUGUAUUUGUUCUUUAUGCAGUAACUGCUUGUAUCCACUCAAUGGCUCUCCUUGUGGGCAGUGCUACUGAUCUUCUUCACAAGGAUCAACAGAGCGGUGCCUCUUCUAAGACAUCAUAUAUCAUUUGUGGGGUUUUGCUAUUUCCCAUCACUGUGGCGUUAGGCAUCCUUCUGGGUUGGCAUGUGUACCUAAUUCUGCAGAAUAAAACCACUAUUGAGUAUCAUGAAGGAGUAAGAGCAAUGUGGCUAGCGGAGAAAGCUGGAAACAUCUAUCGACAUCCAUAUGAUAUUGGUGCAUUUGAAAACCUUUCUAUGGUUCUAGGACCAAAUAUAUUCAGUUGGGUAUGCCCUUCAUCAAAGCAUAUCGGCUCUGGUCUCCGGUUCCGAACAUCGUAUGAUCCACAUGCUGCAUCACCAAAAUAACACAUACAAAUGGAGACAUCUUCAAAAUUUUCUAACCCUUUAUGUAAAUUUGCCUAAUGAUAAAGCAACAUCAAUGGCGGAUACUUUCUUUAUCAACGGAAGAUCACUCUUUUUUUCCUUCUUUUUUCUCGCUCUUUUUCUUUGUAAAUUUCACUGUUAGUUCACUACACUGUAAUUCUAUCUACUUAGAUGCAUUUGUUUUUCUUGUGGUAAAAAUGUGGGUCAUGUUGACUAAACAGUAAACAGUAAACAGUAAACACCACCAAUGACUUGCAGUUACUAA